GCCUAAACCGCCAAGCUUACUCCACCGCCCCAACGUUACAGCCCCACUCGCAAAAGCUAUCUAUUGUCUAAUUGUGGACGCACCAGAACGGGUGCAGGCGCGCUUAAGCCACGUUCCUUUUGUUGUGAAUCGACCUAGCUGAGCAUGUCGUCCAAAUGUAGGCCUGAGGCUGAGUGCCUUUCACAUCAGCAAAUGCGUUUAACAUUGGCUCGACCUGGUCAAUUUGUUUCUUUCACUCAACGCACAUUCAAAAAACGUCAAGCAAGAUGGUGUCAUAUCUUUCUUUGGUCUUCAUAGCUGUCUUCGGUACUUUUUUUGGUAUCGUUUCCUUCUUUGUCUACCUCUUCACACCGCCCAGCAAUUUCCCCAAGAACAUACCAACAAUCCCGUUCUACUAUGCUCUUCUGCCGCUUUUCAAAGAUGUGGAUCAGGCGGAACUUUAUCGUCAGUAUAUGAGAGAGCCUCUAGAAAAGUACGGAGCAGUAAAAUUGUUCUUCGGUGGACAAUGGAACAUUCUCGUGCGCAAGCCUGCGUACAUCGCAGAGGUGUUCAAAUACGAAGACACUUAUGCGAAGGCUGGAAAUCACAUCAAGAUUCCGCACAGUGUGGUCGCGGAGUACACAGGCGAAAAUAUCAUCAGUGCACAUGGAGAGAAGUGGAAGCUCUAUCACGGUGUUCUCAAACCAGCGCUUCAAGCGGACCAAGAUUCGACCAAGAUCUGGGAGAACUCGAGACUUCUGAAAGACAUGUUCUUGAAUAACUCGAAACAAGCCAACGGUGCGGGUAUUCCCAUCUAUGUGCCUUGCCACCGAGUCGCACUUGCCAAUCUCUCAGACGUACUUUACGCAUCAAGCUUCGAAACGAUGCAGCGUUCGGACGCCCCACUACACACGAUUCAGAUGAACAUCAAGCCCAUAAUUUUCAACCCGAUCUUCCUGAAUUUUCCUUUCCUCGAUCAUCUGCCGUUGAAGAUGAGGCAACUGGGCCGCGCGCUCAACAGGAACUUCCGAAGCACGCUACGAACCUCGAUUACCAAAGGCCAUAACCACGUCUGCAAUUCGAAUGACCAGAAGAAUGUUGCAUGCAGGCUUAUUGGAGCCCAUGACGAAGGGAAGCUAUCCGACAAGGAUCUCGAAGACAACAUGGUCAGCACCUUUCUGGCAGGUCAUGAAAAUCCACAGAUUGCACUGAUGUCUCUUAUGUAUCUUCUUGGGGCUCAUCGAGAGAUCCAAGAAGAAGUUCGCAAGGAAAUCCAGACACUCUAUCCUGCCGACGCGCCUGUGGACUACGAACCAUCCUAUAACGACAUUCACGAUCUGCCACUGUUGACUGCUAUUCUCUACGAAGGCCUCCGCAUGUUCCCUCCGAUAUCGCAAUUGAUAAACCGUCGCACCGCAGAACCUGUUAUGAUGGGUGGCCAGAUUGUAAUCCCUAAAGGGGUGUUUAUGGGAUAUAACGCAUAUUCAACAAACCGCGACGUUGAAUUCUGGGGCACUGACUCAGACGACUUCAAGCCUGGGCGUUGGGGUCGAAACAUGGAGGAAAUCAAUCACCUAUACCGGAAAGCCAACUCCAAAGGUGCUUUCAUCAGCUUCCACGGAGGGCGGCGGGCAUGUUUAGGGCAGAAGUUUGCUAUGCAGCAGCUUCGAAUCACUCUUCUCGAACUGAUAAGGGGAUGCAAGUGGAUAGUAGACGAGAGUUGGGACGGACGCAUGACUCCAGCGGGACCGCUCUAUCCCCGGGGGCUGAAGAUCAAGUUUCAGUCGCUAUAGAAAUAUCAGUAGACUUGAAGAGAUCUGUUUGAUGUUUCUGGUGGGUAUCAGUGCACUGAGCAUAGCGUUGGCGUUUCGGUUCCGAUCGUAAAAACCUAGACUGUGUGGAGCACACAGCAGUAGUUUGGUAGCGUAGUUUAGGACUAUUGAAUGCGGCACGUCUCCAGCUACCCAAAUGGUGUUGUCUUGCAACCGAUAUGGCAUGAUGUCGCGAGGUGCUGCUACAGAGCUCACGAAUGCAUUCGAAAAACCUGCGAUACCUGGUGCAAUCUGCCUCGCAGGAAGCACUAAAUUAUGCCUAUCGGAGGCCUUAUAAUCGAUGUAUUUCGAGCACAACAGUUUCAC